AUGGUAGCAGUACCUGUUAUCCUGGUUUCCUGCGCGGCGGCAAUAAUAUCAUCUUUCGUGUUCCAUGAUCACCAUCGACGCAAGAAACAAGUUAUACAAACAAAGAGCGUUGAAUUCAUGCCAUUCUACUUGUCAUUUUUCUCAUUCCUAGCAAGCUGGAUAUGGUUGGCUUACGGACUUCUGAUUGUGAUCUUUUCCUCGCGGUUUUCUCCUAAUAUGGUUGGCUGCCCGCUUGGAGUCCUCCAGCUUUUGCUUUACUGCAAGUACAGAAAGAAGGGAGUAAUGGAGGAAGAACACAAGUCAUGGGAUGUGGAGAAAAACAACGGUGAGAAGACCAAGCAGCGGUUUCAGCUUGUGGUUGCUGAAGAUAGUUCUACUACUGGGGCAAGAGUUGAACAAGUAUUUUCCUAG